CUAUCUGCAUCAUGUUGUUCUUCGGUGUUUCAACGCUCGCUAUUCUUGCAGUCACUGUUGUCGCACGACCAACUAGCAAUGUAGUCGUCGAGCAAUUGCAAGGUCCUCCUGCGGGCUGGAUAAAAGAUGAUGGUACCAAGGUGGACAAAGAUGUCACCACGAUCACGCUCCAGAUCCAUCUUACAAACCAAGGCAUGAAGGAAUUCCACGACCUUGCCAUGAAUAUUGCGACACCUGGACACGCACAAUAUGGAAACCAUCUUGAUCAGGCUACGAUAUCAUCCAUGAUUGCACCAAAGCAAGAGUCCGUUGACUUGGUGCAGACCUGGCUUGAAAGGGAACUUCCUUCUUCUGGCGCGGAUGUACUCGUGAACGGAGACUAUGUCACUGUUCGUGCGAGCGUAAAUGCCAUCGAGAAACUUCUCAAGACGGAAUACAACACGUUCGUGCGCACAUCGAGCUCCGACAAAGCUCUCAGAACCCUCCAAUACAGCCUGCCAUCAAACCUCGUUGGGCACAUUGACAUGGUUCAGCCAACUACCUUCUUUGGCCUUCAGAAGCAGCGUUCGACGAUCUUGGAGCACCAUGAGCUUGCUGAUGAUGAUGAGGUUUCCACUGAGGCUGUUCAAGCUGUGCCGGGGUGCACUGGCUCGCGCAUCACCCCUACAUGUCUGGCGAACCUGUACAACUUUGUAUCGGCUAAGAACCAGACCGUCGGACUUCUUGGUGUGGCUGGAUUUCUGGAAGAAUACGCCAUCAAAGCAGAUAUGUCCACUUUUUUGAACAAUUACGCUUAUUUCUCCAACAAGUCUAAGGGCUUUACAUGCGCGCCUGUUAAUGGUGGUACUUGCCCUAAUUCGCCGGCCGGUAUCGAAGCCAACUUGGAUGUCCAAUAUGCUGGUAGUAUCUCGAGCUCCGUGCCAAUGACUUAUUAUAGUACUGCAGGACGCGGUCCAUGGAUUGGACCGGGAACAAACACUAACGAACCCUACCUUGAGUUCCUAAACUAUCUGCUGGCAUUGCCUGCUGAGUCGCUGCCCAAUACACUUUCCAUCUCUUACGGCGAUGAUGAGUCCACGAUACCAGUCUCCUACGCCACGAAUGCCUGCAACCUGUUCUCUCAACUCGGAGCACGAGGCGUUUCCGUUCUCGUUUCGUCCGGAGAUUCCGGUGUAGGAUCUUCUUGCAAGAUCAAUGGAAAAUCUUCUUUUACCACCGCGUUCCCCGCCGCUUGCCCUUGGGUCACCACUGUUGGCGGUACCAGUGGAACUUCUCCAGAAGGCGCGUGGUCUGCGGGCGGGGGCGGUUUCUCCGAAGUUUUUGAACGUCCGAGCUAUCAAAAUGCCACCGUUGCAAAUUGGCUUGCUACUGAUACCACACACAACGCCGUGACACCCUACUUCAACGCUUCCGGUCGCGCAUACCCCGAUGUCUCUGCGCUGGCUGUGAACUACGUCAUUGUCGCUGGCGGAUCAUCCACUGGUGUUUCUGGGACUUCCUGUUCUGCGCCUGCCACCGCGGGUAUCAUUCAAUUGCUGAACAGCGGACGCAUCGCGGCGGGAAAGAAAGGGUUGGGAUUUUUGAAUCCUUGGCUGUAUGGAACAGCUAGCACGGGUUUCAAUGACAUCAAAACCGGAAAGAUCGGGGGUUGUAGUGGGGUCAUCUCAGGAGCGGGAUUCAGUGCUGUGUCUGGAUGGGAUCCGGCGACAGGACUAGGCAGCCCCAACUAUGAGGCCCUCUUGAAGUUUGCGACAUCAACAGCUUAG